AUGUUGAGCAAAGACCUCGCCCUGUUGUCACUUCUUCUACCCCUCGGUGUAUCGAGCUAUGUCUUGCCUCGAGACUCGGCCGUCAAGUUCGAUGUCACAGCUGGAGAUAAGCGACCAAUCUACGAUGCUGCUCCCGUUGGUCUGUCACUUGAGUUCUUCGCCUUCCCAGGCUAUGUACAAGAUGUUGCCAGUACCAGCCAGUGUUUUGCAAACCUGGACGCAGCUUCUAAAACUCAGACAAGAGUUCGUAUCGGGGGAACAACGCAAGAUCGAGCAUUGUAUGACGCCACUUUGACUUCCCCGGCCAAAUUCGUGAUCCCUACACCAGGUGGUGCUCCAUCAAACCUGACCUAUGGCCCUUCUUUCUUCGAUCUGGCCGAGGGAUUGAAACGUCCUGUAGUCUUUGGACUGAACAGACGAUUGAAUCAACUCAAUAAUAGUAUCGCUGCGGCCAAACAAGCUGUCAAGACGGUCAGCGGGCUAUUUGCAUUUGAGCUUGGAAACGAACCGGAUUUGUAUACGUCCGCCGACCCUAUCGCGAACAAGCAAAGUUGGACUCCUGCAUUGGAUGCAAAGAUACAGAUCGAUUGGCAAAAAUCCGUGUCCAGUGCAUUAGGCAAAGAUGAUAUCGUUCAAGCGGGCGUAUUCCUUCAACCACCCAAAUUCUCUGUACAGGAGCUAGCCCCACAGGAACAAGGAAAUAACACUCUCCAUAUCGUCAAAACAUUCGCCGAUCACGCCUAUCCUCAGAGCGCUUGUGGAGGAUCCAAAACCGACCUUGCUACUUUGAUGGAACACUCCCGUGUCAAGGCUUUCGUCGACAAAUUCAAACCUGAAGUUGAAGCAGCAGUGGCCGUCGGGAAGCCAAUAGUCUUUGGAGAGACCAAUUCUGGGGGAGGCAUUUCCCCUACUUUCGGGGCUGCAAUCUGGCUUGCGGAUUAUGCGCUUCAAGCUGUCAAUCUCGGGUACUCACGACUGUACUUCCACCAAGGUACCAUUGGUAAUAGUCCAUAUUCCUGGUGGGGCGCGACGAAGGUGUUCUCUCCGUACUACGGAGCGCUCUUUGCUACUGAGGCGCUGUCGGGUAUGUCCAGCAUUUCAGCGCUCGAUAACGGCACCACUUCGCUGGCUGCCUAUGGCUUGUACGCUGAAAAUAAAAACGUACCGAAGAAAGUGGUCUUGAUCAAUACAGACUAUUAUAAAAACACGACUACCACGGGGCGCCCAUCACAAACAUUUAGCCUUUCUGGCCUGGGCAACAAUCUCCAAAGUGUCAAUGUGAAAAGAUUGACUGCGCCUUACGCAACGAGUCAACAGGAGCUUGGUCAAGUACCCACUUUUGGUGGAGUCAGCUACGACAACUCGACAUGCAAUGCUGUCGGCGAUGCGAAGUUCGAGCAAGCUGCCGUAAACAACGGCACUGCAAAUGUCAAGGUGUAUUCGAGUGAGGCGGUCAUAGUAUAUAUCUCUUAG